UGCCAGAGCUCUGAACCUAAACCAGGACAGUAUUUGAGAAGCUCCGAAUAAAUUCAGGGACUAUAAAGAAGAACCUUGUAUUUUCAUUUUUUUUCCCAUUAUGUUUCAGGGUCGCUAAUGACAAAACAUUGGGACAGCUUUGAACAUGACAAGCCUGCAUCGGGGCUGCAGGUAGUGACUACCUUUCACCACUGAGGGAGGGCACUAUCUGUGUUUGUCUUGGCGAUGAUGGCAGACAUACUAGAGCUGCGGACAGACGGGAACUCUCUCCUGAAGGCGGUGUGGCUCCGACGCCUGCGGCUCACCAGGCUCCUGCUGGAUGGUGGUGCCUACAUCAAUGAGAGCAAUGAGCGAGGAGAGACACCGCUCAUGGUGGCCUGCAUGUCCAAACACAGCGACCCGCAGAGCGUGAGUAAGGCAAAGCUGGUUAAGUACCUACUGGAUAACAAGGCUGACCCCAACAUCCAGGAUAAAGCAGGCCGGACAGCCCUGAUGCACGCCUGCAGCCAGAGGGCGGGACAUGAGGUGGUGUCCCACCUGUUGACCAAUGGUGCAGACCCAAGUCUGGAAGACAGGAGUGGGGCCUCUGCUCUGGUCUAUGCCAUUAACGAAGAAGAUAAGGAGACCCUAAAGGGUCUCCUAGACGCAUGUAAAGCCAAGGGCAAAGAGGUCAUCAUUAUCACCACAGACAAGUCACCCUCUGGCACCAAAACCACCAAGCAGUACCUGAAUGCCCCCCCUUCCACAGAGCUAGAGGAUAAGUGCUCCGCUGCAUUCUGCACCACUCCCUCUGACAUUGAGCUCAUCACCUCCUCAUCACCUAACUCAGCCGAGCAGCACAACACUAUCUUCAGUUUCCAGACAAAGUUGAAAACAUCGUCGAGCACAGCAGCAAAGCUUCCCAAUGGGCCGACUUCACCCACGCUGCGACCAGCCAACCCCAAGCGUGCUCGUUUACCCCAGCUGAAACGUCUGCAGUCGGAGCCCUGGGGGCUGAUCGCUCCCUCCGUCCUGGCUCCAGCUGAGGCCCACGAGGAGAGUAAAAGAACCACCUCUGAUGAGGACGUUGUCACAGGCAUCAAUGGACUUUCUCUGUCCAAGAGAUCGACUCUGUCUCGACAAAACAGUGUGGAUGGCAAGGAUGUGUUGUUUCCACAAAUUUCAUCCUCAUUAUCUGUCCCUCCAACUUCCAAAUCGGCAUAUGAGAAGAGUUUGUGUCAGCAGCACCAGCCCCUAGCCCGGCGUAGCACCGUCCCUGCAGAGCAGGACAGUAGCAGUAAAACUGGGCUAGCCAGUUUGAGAGACACAGUCUACAGGAGAUGGCUGGGCACUGACCACUAUGACUCAGACUUCCAGCUGUACUCAGACUGUGGCAUGCUGGACUCUCCUAAAGUUCCUCUAGAAAGGAAGAAACUCAACGGGUCUCCGUUAGCCAUUCUGACCAACUCCAGGGAGUCCAUAGACAUCAACAACAGCAUGUCAUCUCCCAGCACAGCACGGCGGUGCGCACCAGGCCUCCUGGAGAGGCGAGGCUCAGGGACUCUGCUGCUGGACUACAUUUACCAUACCCGGCCUGGCCAUCUACCCCCCCUGAACUUCAACCCCAACCCUCCUAUACCUGACAUUGGAACCAGCAGCAAGCCCUCAUCCCCUCUUGCCUCAGGUUUCAGAUCAAUAGCUCCAGUAGCAGCAAACUCACCAAAUAGAGGCCAGCUCAAGUCAAAGAAGAAACUUGUAAGGAGGCACUCUAUGCAAGUGGAGCAAAUGAAACAACUCUCUGCUUUUGAGGAGCUGUAGUGGGACUCAUUGUUUGUAGAUGUAGCAAUGUUCACCACAUAAAAAAAAACUUGUAACUUUUCUAAAGAAAAUGUCCUGAUUUUGUAGAUUUUUUUUAUUUCAACCUUUCCUCUUAGAAAAUCAGUGGAACAAGAAUAUAACUUGCUUAUACAGUUGUAAAUGUUAUUAAUGCUCUUAGAAUAUCAGCACCACGUAUUCAACAUUACAGGUUAGACACUAGCAACAUCUCAAGGUAACAACUGAUGGCUGAGAGAUUCAAAAACAUUAAAUUUCUAGACAAUUAAAAAUCACAAAAACUAUUUGAAUGUAACCAUAUGAAUAACAAUUAUUUGUUGGGCCAUCAAGUCCUUUAGAUGUGCAAUCCUAAGAACACAUACAGCAGGAGAUACAUGUGUAGCCAACAAACCAGAUGGUUGCGUAGAAUUAUGUUAUUCAUUCAAAAUGCAGGUGGGCUAACUAGAAAUACAAAAAAAUGUGUUAUGUUUUGUAUGUUGUAGCUCUAGUAUGAAAGGGAGUUUGAUUGUUUUGUAUGUUGUAGCUCUAGUAUGAAAGGGAGUUUGAUUGUUUUGUAUGUUGUAGCUCUAGUAUGAAAGGGAGUUUGAUUGUUUUGUAUGUUGUAGCUCUAGUAUGAAAGGGAGUUUGAUUGUUUUGUAUGUUGUAGCUCUAGUAUGAAAGGGAGUUUGAUUGUUUUGUAUGUUGUAGCUCUAGUAUGAAAGGGAGUUUGAUUGUUUUGUAGCAAACUUGUAUACAGUGCCUUCAAGACAAUUAUCGGAAAAGAAGGUGGAUCAAAAAGUUAUUUAUAAGUCCCAAUGCAACCAAAAGGUGUUUUGUUUUAGUGCCGUUGGUUUCCUGCCCAAUAUGAAAGGCUAAGAAAACAUAAAAAUCCUAUGACUUAUAUGCCUUAAGUACAAUUAAAGAGAUUGUGGAAAUCAGCACUUCAUUAUCGUAAAUUCCAAAUUGCCCAAGAGAAAAAUAAAAUGUUGUUUCUCCAAAUGUUUUGUAGAUAUAGCAGGGCAUGUAUUUUCAUACAUUAGUUCCAUGACAAAACAACACAAAUUCAGCAAAAAAAGCAACUGCGUUUAUUUUCAGCAAUCUCAACAUCUGUAAAUAUUUAUAUAUAAUAAUUAAUAUAUGCCAUU